AUGACGAUGCCACCAUUUUCUACCAGGAACGAGAACACCACUCCCUCUUCAUCCGCUGUAGAAUUCCAAAGAACGCAAAAGCAAGUCCUGUCCAUGGCACCGCACGAAAUCUGGUCGUUAGGCGGUCGCGCAAAAGUCACAACGUUGAACGCAUCGGGAGCGUUCGAGUCCGCUGAGCUGCUCUGUUCGUUUAUACACCACGCGGAACAAUCAGUCGUAUCGCCUGUGAGGGCAUCAUCGACCGUGGAAGAGAACGAUAUGGUGUUGACUUGGAGGUUAAAAGCGAUCGAUUGCGUGAACUUUGCGACGUCGUUCAUGGGAAAGGAGGAAUAUCUCAGAGCUUUGAAAUGGUUCGAACAGGCGAUGGACUUCGAGAGAAACUUUCAACAACUUUCCUCGUCGAACAUCGAAGCGGAAGAACAUAAUAACGAAGCAGAAAACAGUUCAGAAGCGCAUCGCUACGCCAUGGAUAAUUUUGACGCGGACGAGGUGAAGUUACACGUGAUGGAGUGUCUCUUCAAAACGCAGCAAUAUCUGCGGGCCAUCGAGUGUUUCGAGGCGACCAACGGGUACGAAAAAGAACAACAGCGAGAAGGAGACGAGACGAUGACAGGGACGCAAACGGCAAAGAAAUACAAAACAGGGGAACAGCACGAUUCAACAAUGACGGCGAUAGUGCCUCUAAAAUACCACUUGUUGAAAGCGAAAGCGCACCAAGCUUUGGGACACACGCAAAAAGCGAUGCGAGCGUACGAGUUUGUCUUCAAAAACGACGCCUCGUAUUUAGAGUGCGUGCCGCAAUUAAUAUCGUUAUCGCCAGUUGGGGGUCAACGCGCGCGAGAGAUUUUCACCCGCCACUGCGAGAAGAAUAGCUUAGGGGGUCUCGUUGAAGACAUGCUCGUGGGAGGAUCGGCGAAUUACCGAAAAACGAUACACUGUUGGAUCGACGCCAUGGAAGGAUUGGAAAGAAAUAGCGUCAGACAGGCGUCCCCACACGUGACCAAGUUGAUGAAAGACCGACCGAAACAACCAGAGGUUUUAAUUAUGAAAGCUCGAUGGGAUGGUUUGAGAGGGAAGCCGGAUAAGGCGAUGGAGGCGUACGAGAUGGUCGUGAAAAUGGACAACAAACGCGUAACGAACAUGGAAAAGUACGCCGCCGCGCUCCGAGAUGCGAGAGAGGGUGAAAAAUUGAGAAUCUUGGCCCAGCGUUUGUUUGAAAUCAACGAGAAUUCGUGCGAGUCUUGGAUAGCUUCGGCGAUGGCGUCAGAUUUAUCGAAGGAAAAAGAGAAGGCGUUAUCGUUUGCACAAAAAGCGAGAGAUUUAAAUCCGAGAAACCAAGUCGCUUUGGUAACGUUGGGAGAAUGCGCGAUGAAAGUGAAGAAAACAGACGUCGCCAUAGCGUGCUUUCGAGGCGCGAACGAAGUGAAACCGAGUUUGAAGUCCUACCACGGACUCGUCAAAGCGUACUCGGCGGCAGGGAGACGGAAAGAAGCCAUCGAAAGCGCGCAAGCGGCGACGGAGUUGAACACGCACUCGGCGUUUGCCGCCUCGUUAUUAGGAGACGCACACAAACGCGUUUCUGGAGACAUUGGUUUGAAAAGAACGAAAGAUGCGUUUGCGAAAGCGUUACAAAUGGAUCCAAGCUUAUUGAGAGCGGCGUUUGGCUUGGCGGACGCGUGCAUGCGAGACAACAACGACGUCGAGCGCGCCAAGUUUGUUAUUAAAAACAUUCUCGAGAAACAUCCGCCGAAAGAUGCGCAGAGUAAGGUGAUGUUGCACGUGAAGUACGCUACGAUUCUCGUGGAGAUGAACGAAAGGGCCGAAGCUGUGCAACACUUCCAAAGUGCGUUAGGAAUCGAGCCAAAUAACGCUCGAGCGAAAUCCGGAUUGGAGUCGUGCGAAAAAGCGCUCAGGGCGGCGCAAGCAAACGCGAGAGGAGGUGGCGGCGAUGGAAACGUGGUGGAUGACGCGGAAAUGGAAGAAGAGGACGGAGAGGAUGAAGAUUAG